CACCGGCACCAUUGCCUGCGUGGGCCCUGCGGCCAAGCGGCCACCUGCUUCUCCAGAGCCUGCCCGGGUAUAAAUAGUGCGGAGGAAGGGGAGAAGGUUCCUGGCAGCCAGUAUGGCAGCGCUGAGGCUCUUCUGUUUCUGCCUGGCACCAGUUGUGCUCUUCGGGGCGGCAGAACUGCAAGUUUCUGCCCUGGAGGGCGCAGAAGACUCUGCCAACUUUGCUGAAGGUGGCUUCUUGCCUGGAGACCCAAGUCUAGUGAAGAAGCAGAGGCUGCUCAAUGGACACGUUGCUGGGACAGGAAUCCCCCUCCAGUUCUCAGGCAACCCAGAGAAGUCUCAGGAUGAUGGCUCCACCAGUACAGGCCCCGCCGUGGACAGCACAGAAAGGGCCCGUGUGGACAUGAAUGGAGCGGGCGUGGCUGAGCUUGGGGAGGUCCUUGGCCGAGAACAGGGGAUGGCUGGUCACGAAGAAGGUGGAACUAGCUCAGGGGAGCUGGAGCAGGUUUCUACCCAUAGGGCAGAGGGAUUGCAGGAGGAAGAAGAGGUUCCACCGAAGACGGAGGCUCCUGUUGAGGAAGGUGCCCAAGGGGUUCUCCCAGGACGAAACCAAGAUAUUUCUCAGGAUCUUCUCCACUCUCUUGAGGCACAGCUGGAUGAUAACUUUACCAAUUCCCCUGAUGUGGAUAAGAAUUUGGAAGGCAGCUUUGGGGAAGGGCACUUGGGCAACCCUUCAGCAAGAGAGAGACCCAGGGAGACGUCCAGCGCUGGUCUGCAGGAUGGGGGUGAAUCAGGAGAGGCAGAGGAGGCAGCACAGGAAGGAGCUACGAAGGAACUGGCAGGGGGUCCCGAAGACGCUGAUGGCCAAGGAAGAGCUGCAGUGGCCGAAGGUGGAGAUGCCACCCCACUUCCCAUGGAAGGACUGGGGUUUGGCGAAGGGCAGCCAGGUGGCAAUGGGGUAGAAGGUGCAACAGCUUCUGAAGUGAAGGUUCCACCAGCAGAGAGAAAGCAACCCAGAGCAGAAGAGGUGGAGAACGCCCAGAGGGAUCGGUCCCACAUCGAAAGCACCCUGAAGCUGAAGGAGGAGAAACCCGCAGACGACUACUCAGGUACCAUCCUGCAGCGACUGAGAAAAAUUUAUCACUCCUCCAUCAAGCCCUUGGAGCAGUCCUACAAGUACAAUGAGCUUCGGCAGCAUGAAAUUACGGCUUACCCUGGACGCACCCUGGGCUCUUCAGCCACAGACGGAGAGAUUACUUCCAAGCCAAUGGUGCUUUUCCUGGGACCCUGGAGCGUUGGCAAGUCCACCAUGAUUAACUACCUUCUGGGGCUGGACGACACUCCCCAUCAGCUCUACACAGGGGCUGAACCCACCACCUCCGAGUUCACCGUCAUAAUGCACGGCCCUAAAGUCAAGACCAUCGAAGGGAUUGUAAUGGCUGCAGACAGCGCCCGCUCGUUUUCCCCUCUUGAGAAGUUUGGGCAGAACUUUCUGGAGAAGCUGAUCGGAAUUGAGAUCCCUCAUAAGCUCCUGGAGAGGGUCACCUUUGUGGACACCCCCGGCAUCAUUGAAAACCGGAAGCAGCAGGAGCGAGGCUACCCAUUCAAUGACGUCUGCCAAUGGUUCAUCGAUCGAGCCGAUCUCAUCUUCGUGGUGUUUGACCCGACCAAACUGGACGUGGGGCUGGAACUGGAGAUGCUCUUCCGCCAGCUGAAGGGCCGGGAGUCUCAGAUCAGGAUCAUUCUGAACAAGGCGGACAGCCUGGCUACUCAAGAGCUCAUGCGGGUAUACGGCGCCUUGUUCUGGAGCCUGGCCCCCCUUAUUAACGUCACUGAGCCCCCCCGCGUUUACGUCAGCUCCUUUUGGCCCAUGGAGUACCAAGCUGAAACCCACCAGGACCUCUUCUCCAAGGAGGAGAUCUCCCUUCUGGAAGACCUGAACCAGGUGAUCGAGAAUCGGCUGGAAAACAAGAUCGCCUUCAUCCGCCAACAUGCCAUCCGGGUUCGCAUCCACGCGCUCUUGGUCGACCGCUACUUGCAGACCUAUAAGGACAAAAUGACUUUCUUCAGUGACGGAGAGCUGGUCUUCAGAGACAUCGUGGAGGAUCCAGACAAGUUCUACAUCUUUAAAUCAAUCCUGGCCAAGACCAAUGUUAGCAAGUUUGAUCUGCCCAACCGCGAGGCCUACAAGGAUUUCUUUGGGGUUAACCCCAUUCACAGCUUCAAGCUGCUUGCGCAGCAGUGCUCCUACAUGGGAGGCUGCUUCCUAGAGAAGAUUGAGAGGGCCAUCACCCACGAGCUGCCUGACCUGCUCGGGAGUAUCGGCCUGGGGAAGAAGCCCAGCGCCCUCUCCUGCGACACAACCGGCUGUGGGGAAACUCCAAAGAACCGCUACAAGAAGCACUAACAGGCUGCCAGUGUGACCCUCUUGUGCCCCGGUUGAUGAAUGAGCUUAUGUCUUAUCUGUCCAAGAAGCCAAGGUCUGGUAGCCCUUCUGGGGGCCACAGAGCAAGCAGCUGGUGUCAUAAUGGCAGGGAAGUUGGGUGGGCCUAGGAAAGAGAAUAAAGCACUGUGAACACCUGUCACGGCUUAAUCUUUCUUACUUAAAAAAGAGGCAAUGUAUCAAGGAGAGGUAAAAUUGGCUAAGGCCUUGCAUAGGCUAAGCAAGAAGGAAGGACCAGAAUGUUGAUAGAAGGCAAAAAAGGCCUCCUGACCACCAGGGGAAGCCAAACAUGGCCCGUCCCUCAUAACCUCUGGCUGCAUUACAUGGAGCUGAGAAACACAGGAUUUCAGCACACAACCAGUUUGACUUGCAGGAGCAGCCAUUUAACCAGACACAAAAAGCAAUGGAGCCACAGAGGCCUUAGAAGAAUUGGCAAAGGGUAGCUCUCGGGUUGCCAGCUCCUCCUCCUCCUCCUCCUCACCACCAUUCUAAGUUAGCUCCUCUUCUCAUCUUGGUGAGCUUUUUCUGAAUUGUUUGGAGAACUCUCCGAAGCAUUGCUCUCGUCUAGCAGGAAGAAGUGCUUUUACCCAGUGAAUGGGGCCUGUUCCCUGAGGAAUCUGGAUGCCCUUUCCUUCCUUGCCUACUUUAUAUCCUUGAUUUUUUUAAAUAUGUAUUUCCCUUAGCCUUCUGUUCUCAGGCUUGCUGGAUUCCCCUCAUAUCCCUCCUGCCGUUCCUUUCACACAUCAAUGUUUUGCAAGUUGCAUGGAAUGAAAAGUUUUUGCAGCCUGUGUACUCUAUUAUUUGCCCGGUUUGGUGCCCUACCGAACUUACAGGCUGCACAGUGGGAAACCUCACCCGUUGCACUGAGUUGGGGGCUAAGAGGUAAGCGGAGUCUGAAGGGGUGGUGUAGGUAGUCCUGUCCUUGGCAAUGCCGAAAGGGAGGGAAUGGAAAUGUGUGGUUUGCUGGGCAGGACACGGGGGUGGGGGGGUGGGCAGGUGCCUUGGUUCGGUUACAAGAAGGAUCCUGCAAGACCACUGGAUCUUCCUAGGAGCCCCAAGCCCUGGCCUUGCCAGUCAUGUUCCUGAGAAGCUGACCUGUGCCUGUGCUAAUAACGGGGCCUGGGAUUGCUUGGCAACCAGAUGGACUUCCACAACAAUGGAAACACAAAAUAUCUCAGAAGGUAAUUGAUCCUGGGUCUGGAGGCAUCCAGCCGCUGCCCACUUGAGACCUGAGAACAGAUGGCUGUGAGAACAGUGAGACCACCUCUCCCUUCCUGCCUUGGGAAUUUGUGCUCUUGUGGUCCAUGGAUGUUCCGCCUGAGCAUCCUCUCCCUUUGGUAAAAUGUCAGACCCAAACCAUCCACCUGUGGUUGUGUGCUUCUUUUGACCAGAAUUGUGGACAGAUGUAUUUAAAGGAAUUACAUAGCUGUGUAAUACAUUUCAGUGGCUCACAGUAAUAGUCUAUAUUUCGAGACACUAUGUACUUCAGCCCUUCUAAUAAAUUCUGGUAUUUUUCAGCCACA